AUGUCCUCAACUAACACACAAAGAGAAGAAUCAACUAAAGCUCCUGCAUUGAAUGACCUUGCCAAGUUUUUAUCUUCGAGAUAUACCAUCACAUCCUGCCACCCUUUAUCAGCCCCUAAAAUCAGCCACUCUCACGGAUCCAGAAGCACCUUCUACAUUGAGGAUUUCAACGCUCCAUUGUUGGCAGCAACCCACCUGUUGACCUGCACUCCACCAGCAAACGCUAAGCCCCUCAACUUCUCAAGUCCUGGAAUGGUCACAGUAGCACUGGUUGCAUUCAACGGCAUCCCUACUCCCUGUUCAUUAUCAGGCUCCAACCCAUGGUGCCAGACCAUCUUGUCUUUACAACCCCUGUGA